AACGGCGCAGGCACGCGGAAGAGCGAAGGGUAGAGCGAGGGGUGAGGACGCUGGGAGCUGUGGGAUGUGAUGCAUUCCGGGUCGAAGGUGAAGAAGCGGCUGGAAGGCUCUUCGAUCUGUGAAACAGAAGUGAGAUGGAGGAUGGAAGUGUAGCAGGGGGGAGUUGUGAAGCGCCUUUUCAGAGCCGGUGCAGAACUGUGGAUGUGGAGACGUUCACACCAUUUCACACUGUACCAUACCAAGUGAGGAGAGUGAGAUAAUUUGGAGGGACUGUUGUACAGCAGAACGAAUUCUUCUCCUUUUGACGGAUGGUUACCUCGCAGGGCUGGCAGUUUGCGCACAUUUCGAGCACUUUUCCGUGCCAGUGGACGAAGGCUUCGCAUCAGUGUCAAGCCACGCAAGCCAUCGAAGUCGCUGGCUGAUGUCAGUUGUGCUGGCAGUUCGGCUUCAGGUCGUACCAUUGCUCACUCUUUGGGGGGCUCAACUUGCCAACAAUAAACCACCGCGUGUUGUCCCGGAACCGAUCAUAUCCAUUCUCCAGCACCCAACAUCCCACGGUGUCGUCACCGCAUCGUCGUCACCGCAUCGUCUAUUUUUCACGGUCCAAGGCAAGUCCACCUUGCUGAACUUGUUGGCCAAGAAGGAGGAGCCCUGUGUGGGAGACGUGGUGCAUUCCCGGAAUCUCACCGUCUGCCGCUACUCCCAACACUUCGACGAGAUCGCUCCGGCCCUCGGCUUGUCCGCGGUGGAGUUCCUGACCUCUCAGGAGCUGCGGCGCUUCGGUGCCGGCACCGAAAGCCUUGAGUGUUCCAAAAAGAAUCAAAGUCAUUGAACUUCAGCCGAGCAUCUAAGAAUUUCAGGC